AUGGCAGAGAGUACACUUCAAGAUCAAUGGAAAAAGAAGAAGCAAACCAAGCAACAAGCUGCUGCGGCAAGACGCGCAAAGCUUGAUCCAGAUUCUGCAAAGACGGCAAAGGAUGUCAUGGAUGAACGAGCGAAGAAGAGAAAAUUGGAAGAGUCUGAGGAUGUUGAGGAUGGAUCCGAGGUAGAGGGCAUCGAAAAAGAAUUACCAAAACAAGGAUUGAAAAAGGCAGUGGAGAAGCCAGCUAAGAAAUUAAAAACUGAAACCGAAUCCACAAAACCGAUGCCCAAAUCUUCAACACCAAAGGACUCAACAGCCAAAAAAGUUUUGACACCUGAAGAAGAAGCAGCAAGGUUGGAAAAGAGAAAUCAGAAAGAAGAACAGAAAAAGGCAAAGUCAGCUAAGAAGUCAGCUAAACAGAAGGCGAAGAGGGAGGAAGCUGCUAAACAAGUUGUCCAAUUACCAACGGAAGAUACUUCUGCUAGUGAGUCGACUACAAAGGAUAAUGUGGCCGAGGAAGCUACCAAGGAAGCUGCCACUAACGAAGUCCCUACCAAAAAGUCAAUCGAGCAUGAAACUGCGACAGAUGAAGAACCAGACCAUGAUGAUGAAAUUGGGCAUUUUGAAGCCGAAGGUUUGGAGGAGCCCGAAUCUACAGAGUCAUCGCCGCCCUCAUCUACUUUCUCAACAACCAAUGAAGAGACCAUCAGCGGAGGUACAUCCACAUCCUCUACCAUACCUCCUACCGCGCCUCCUAAACACAUAGUUCUCCCAGCCGACUCUGAAAUUCUCCGUUCUAGAUUAGCAGCACGUAUCGAAGCUCUACGAGCAGCACGUAAAGCAAGUAACUCUGAUGGUACCCCAGUGCGCAACCGUCAAGAACUCAUGGAACAACGUCGCAAAAAGGAAGAGCAGCGGAAAGCCCACAAGAGAGAACUUCGACUUCAAGCCAAGAUUGAUGAAGAGGCUCGACGUGAAGCCGCACUAGUAUCAGCAAGAAGUAGUCCAGCAGGAAGCUUGCUCAGUCCUCUAAUCCGAUCACCUGAAAACAAUUUUGCUUUUGGCAGAGUCGCAUUUGCUGAUGGACAAGGUCUCAACGAAGAUUUAACUGCACUGAAAUCGAUACCGAAGAAAAAGGGACCGCAAGAUGUUAAUAGUGCACUCGCCGCUGCGGCUAAGAAACAAUCUCGAUUAGAAAGCAUGGAUGCCGAUAAGCGCGCCGACAUUGAAGAAAAAGAACGCUGGUUAAUUGCGAAAAAGCGCGUGAAUGGCGAGAAAGUUCGAGAUGAUAGUUCAUUGCUGAAGAAAACUCUCAAAAGAAAAGAGAAGCAAAAGAAGAAGAGUGAGAAGGAAUGGACAGAGAGAAUAGAUGGAGUCAAGAAAGCGGGAGCUAUGAAACAGAAGAAGAGAGAGGCGAAUCUACAGGCUAGGAAGGAUGGAAAGGGAGGAAAGGGAAAGAAGGGCGGAAAAGGUGGAAAACCAGCAGGUGGUGCUAAAAAGAAGAGUAGGCCAGGUUUUGAGGGUAGUUUUGGGGGUGGAGGGAAGAAAAAGUAG